AUGCUACCCGAACCAACGUUGAGCUUCACGCUCCCCAGCCUCCACGAUGACACCGUUCUGGACUGUCGUGUGUACCACUGUCGCGCAUUGAACCCCGCCGCGUCAAACCCUUCACCAUGGAAGCGACACGCCGCCGUCAUCGCCCAUCCGUAUGCGCCUUUGGGCGGAUCCUAUGAUGAUCCCAUUGUUGACAUCAUUGCCGCCACCCUCUUGCGGCAGGGCUUUCUCGUGGGCACCUUCAACUUUAGAGAAGCGUUUGACUCUGUCGCUAACACGAUGGUCCACGAUAGAGGCGCCGCAGGCUCAGCCGGUCGUACUUCCUGGACUGCAAAGCCAGAGCGCAGCGACUACAUGUCUUUCGUCGGCUUCCUAGUAUACUACAUGCAUUUUCUCGACCCAUACCGCCCUGCUGCCACGCCAUCGCCAACGACAACCCGUACAACUUCAACAGCCGGUGCGCAAACCAAGUCCUCCUCAUCAGAGCAUCCGUUGCUCCUUCUCAGCGGCUAUUCGUACGGGGCCAUGAUAACAACCCAGAUCCCGCCCAUGUCGCAGAUCCUCGCACAAUUCAAGCUACCCGCUGCUGGUUCUGCGGCUGCCGAUAUUCGUCUACGUGCGCAGCAUCUGGCUGAGCAACAGAAUGUGAUCCUGGCGAGCGCCCGAGCUGCGAGCUCAAUGUCGCCGCGGAAGAAAUACUUCGGCAUGAGGGUUGGAGGCGACGAAGAUACGCAACGUAAGAGCCACGAAGCUCGGCGGUCGAUUUCGGAAACCCGGAGAUCUUUCUCGAUAGAUGCCGAAGACAAGAUCCGGCGAGGCGUCAGCGAGUUACUUGCAAAAACAAAACGGCAUCAUCACAAAGGUGUCGCUGUGACCCAGGAAAAGCUGGAGACCAUACCAUCGAACCAUGAGGUUUCGGUUGUGGUGGAAGAAGUGGCCGAUUUAACUCGAGUGCGGCCAGCAUACCUACUUAUAUCUCCCCUGCAAGGGGUCAUCACGCACCUGGCGACAAUGUCUUUUCUUCCGGCAGCGCCUGGGCGAGGACUGUUCUCGCGAGCGGGUAAGCCUCGGGAUCAGGGCGCGCCGGCCUUCACGACUGAUCACAGGCAAAUGAGCGAGAGCAAACUGGUCGAGAACGAGACUCUGGCGUUAUUCGGUGACCGCGACAUCUUUGUCCCGGUUGCCAAACUGCGGGCUUGGGCGGGACGGCUCGAGGGGGUUGAGGGAUCACACUUUCACGGCGAGGAAAUACCUUCGGCAGGGCACUUUUGGACAGAAGGCACAGUGGUUCAAGUGCUUCGAGACAAAGUUUGUGACUUUGCAGCAAGGCUGUUGCAGGGGGAUAGCGAAGAUGUGGUCACAAGCGAAUCAUGA